CUGCUAGUCAUAUAGUUAGACAUAUUAUAAGCUUAUAUAUAUAUAUAUAUAUAUAGAAAGUAAUGUCAUCUAUACCGAUGUUAACUAUCCCCGAAGGGGCGUAUGAUCCAAAUGGGUUUACAUCCAUAAGGAGAAAAUCACAACUAGUUCAAUAUCUUAUUCGUCUCACUAAUGGAUCAUCCAUUGGACUAAUAUUAGCAUAUGCUAUCGGGAUGUUUGUGAUUAAACCAUUAUUGGAAACUACUGCAACAAGACGUUUACAAGUCUGGGAACUGUAUAGAAAGAAACUCAUGGAUUUUUAUCUUAGUUUAAUUACUAAAGUAAGUUAUAUCCCCAUAGUAGCUAAAAAGAAAGAUAAUGAUAAACGAUUAUAUAAUGAUAUGGUUAUACAAACUGAUGAUUCAUAUUUAGAUAAGUCCCGGUAUAAGUCAGAAAAGGAGAAAAAUGAAGAAUUGGAAGCUAAUGAUAAAUUGUAUCAAUUAAAAUUGCAUAACAGAUUAAAGAAGUUGAAUGUUGCAUUAAACAAUAUCGACACUUAUCUGGUACAGAAAUUGUCUAAUUUCAAACUGGCAUCGUUUGCCAUCAAGGAUUUCCAGAAUAAGACAGAUCUUGUCUAUUUCACCCAUAGUAAUUAUUUUACUGAUGAUUCAGAUACUAGUAAUAGUAUUAAUACUAAUACUAAUACUACUAAAGAUAGUACUAAUACUAAUACUACUAAAGAUAGUGAUAACAAGGAUUCUGAAUCUAAGAAAAACUUUAGUGGUGUAAGAAGAAAAAACUUGGCUACCGAAACCAAGAACGAAAUCAGAAGUAUUAAGGGUUCGUUAAUGACUACUUACUAAUCCUCUAAGUAUGUAAUGUUGUAUGUAAUGUAUGAACGUAUUAAAU